AUGAAAAAUCAAGCACCGAGGCUGAAAAGUACUUUGUCAGCCCGGAAUUUGUUUUCUGGUGGCGAUCUACUGAAUAAGGUUGCAGAGUUCUGCAAUGAGUUGAAGAAAUUGGCAACGAGGGGAAAGAAUAGUGCUGAAAAUGUGAAUGGGAGAAAUGCGGAGAAGCAUUUGGUUGACCAUUCACGAGAUUUGGACGAUAAAGAAAAGGAAAGGAAGCCACUCCUUCAGUCAAGUCAAGUAAAAAGUGAAGCGACUGAGAAGAGCUACUCAAAGGAGAAGCAAACAAGGAAAAAAAGAAAUGAUGAUGCAGAGAAUACUCCCAUCGCUGUGGAUGUGAAGUUAUUGGCAAAGUUGGGGCAAAGAACACCUUUCAUGGUUGAGCUGGGGCAAAGCUCUUCGAGACGAGCCACUGGAACACCAAUAAAGAAGUUAUUGGCAGAAGAAAUGUGA